AUGUCAGGACCCAGGCCGGUUGUUCUGAGCGGCCCCUCGGGGGCAGGGAAGAGCACGCUGCUGAAGAAACUGCUGAAGGACUACAAGGGAGUCUUCGGCUUCAGCGUGUCACAUACAACCCGGGAUCCACGUCCAGGAGAGGUAGAUGGCAAAGAUUACCACUUCACAAACAGGGAGGCUAUGCAGGAGGAUAUUGACACGGGAGAAUUCAUUGAGACUGAUGAGUUUUCUGGCAACCUGUAUGGAACAAGUAAGUGUGCUGUACAGGACGUGAGGGCCAAGGGCCUCAUUUGUAUUUUGGAUGUGGAUAUUGCGGGAGUGAGACACAUCAAGGAAACUGACCUGGACCCCAUCUAUAUUUCAAUCCAGCCCCCCUCCAUUGAGGUCCUGGAAGAGCGUCUGAGGGAUAGAGCGACGGAGACGGAGGAAAAGAUCCAGAGCCGCCUGGAGGCAGCACGGAUUGACAUGGAGGAGUGCAACGAGCCUGGAUUGUUUGACAUUGUCAUUGUCAACGAUGACUUGGAUGAGUCCUAUGAGAAGUUGCAAAGUGUUCUUAAGGAGGAAAUACUGAAAGUUCAGGAGGGCAUCAAGUCGUAAGGAGCUACAGUAACAGCGUCCCAGUCUUCCUCUUGCCUGGUACCUUACAGGAGAUACAUAAACCAACAUUUGACCCCAGCUAAUUUCGAUUUAGCCACAAAAGGAAAUGUUCUGAGGGUUGCCAUAUGGUGACUGUGGGGAUUUCCACAGAAACGCAUACUACCGUAUGCACCUAAGACUCAAGAAGAUGGUCUAAAACUCUUAGGUUGUUUUCCACAUUCAUUCAGUCUGUCAUUUAUGAGGAAUUUUGAGUAAGACAAAGGGACGUGUAGAGUAUACAGUCGAUACAGUUAAAAGUUAACGUCUACUUCAUACCUUACUGCCAACUGGGUUUCAGCCAUGUAAACAAAUAGAAACCACUGCCAAAGCCAAUAGACCUUCAAUAAUUCAGAGUUUUGUGGUUAUAAUCUAAAGGUUUGACAAUAUACUUAACAUGCCCCUGACUUGUGCGAUGACCAUCCCGCAUACAGUAUGAUGGACAAACAACCCGAGAAGUAGUAAAACAAAAGUUGUGCAUAAAACGGUGUCUUAGCUGUGAAAUGUCAUAUUAGCGGACUAGCUUUGAGGUAAACACUGCUAUGUCUUCAUCUUAAUCUAAUUAUAUUCUUAUUGGUCAAAUAGUAAAACACCAUUCUGUGUUCUGUAGUCUCAUUUUUCUCUCGGUUUUAAGCAAUGAUAGUGUAGUCUGAAUGAUGUUACACCAAAUGUAAAGAUGUGUAUGGUGGGGUGUUAUACUAAUUUAACAGUAUUUGUGGAUGAAUAUGUAACUGACUGGGUAACGAUCAAAGCACCUCAACACACAGCUUUCAUAGGUCAAAGGUCAGACCUGAGGUUGUCAGUUUAACUCGCAGGUCAAUUACUGUAGCCAUCCAUCUGCAGAAAAGAACAUGUGUGUGUCUUGUAGUGUAUGUUUUUGUAUGCAACGGCGCUAGACAAAUAAAAAGCACUUACCACUUA